GGUUACCAUGGCAACCCGGUGAAGGCGGGGCCAUGGCCACACUGGAGGGCCACGUGGUUACCACGGCAACCCGAAACUAUCGUAAAGUUGGUUGUUAGGGAAGAAGAAGGUCCGACAGGUAGAGCCGCUGUCGUUGUCCUUUUUUUUUGAGAGGGGAGAGAAAACAGUUAAAUGGUCGAAAGAAAGGUGAAGUUUGACGUAGAAGACCUUCCCUUCCAUUGGCCUCAAGAUGGAGUUUGAGACGACGCCGGCUGGACGCUCGACGACGCCGAGCCGCCACGAGAAGAGUUUGGGGCUCCUCACCGUCAAGUUUGUGGGCCUGCUACAAGACGCCGAAGAUGGCCUCCUGGACUUGAAAGUGGCCGCAGACAGCUUGGCCGUGAGACAGAAAAGACGCAUAUACGACAUCACCAAUGUGCUGGAAGGAGUGGGGUUGAUUGAGAAGAAAAACAAAAAUGUCAUCCGUUGGAGGAGGGAGAACAAGCGGAGUCAGACCCAGGAAGUGCUUGAUCAGGUGAAGGUUCUGAAAGCCCAGAUCUCUGCGCUAGAGGCCCAAGAGAAAGAACUGGACAACCAGAAGAUGUGGCUUGAGGAGACUACUGAGUGCUUGAAACACGAUCCAGUCACCAGCAAUUAUAAAUUUGUGACGCAUGAGGACAUCUGCAAUGCUUUCCGCGGCAGCACUGUUCUGGCGGUUGUGGCUCCACCUGAGACUCAGCUGGAGGUGUUGUUGCCUCCAAAGACUGGUCAGACGAACUACCAGGUGAACCUACGCAGCAAGGUCGCACCCAUCAAGGUCUUGCUCAUCAACAGGGACUCGGACUGCACUCUGCCCGUGGUGUUCCCCGUGCCCCCCAGUGAUGAGCUCUACCACAUGCUGACCACACCCUGUCCAUCUCUCAGCCCUGACCGACGCCACUUCUGGACACCCGCGUACUCCUCCAGGUCCAGCACCACCACCUCCUGCAGCCAGGACUCACUCACCUCAGACCACCAGAUGGUGCUGCCAGAUCACGAUGACGUGUUGACGCCCUUGUCCUCCCCACCAGAUGGACACAUGGGGUGUCCCUAUCAGCCAGCCUCAGUCUGUGGGGUUGAGCAGAUGGACAUGUCUGGCCCAGAGUUCCAGUCUAUGCUGGACGUAAGCAGCCUGCUGAGGCACAACGCCAUGAAGGUGGACAAAGAAGACUACAGCUUCCACCUGGAUGACAACGAUGGUGUGUGUGACCUCUUUGACGUACAGAUGCUCAACUACUAAGCCCAGGGACCUCACCUUUUUUCUUGUGGCGUGGAUCAAGUAUACCUCCCCUUAUAGUUCACCGGCUCAGUAAGUUUUGUACUUCAGGGAUAUUUAUAAAGUGGUUGGGCCUCAAUUUAAAGUUUUGAAGAUUUUCCAGGUACAUGGCUACAACUAAGUGUCAUAGUUAGUUCUCAUAAGUGAGAACACAUCCUAUCUACUUCCUGCAGUCCCACAACAUCUUACAUGUUCUUCCAGACAAAGCAACUUGCCAAAAUACGAAACUGCGGCAGUAUUUUUUUUAUCCUACCGCAACUCAUAGUUGAAAUUGCUUACAUUGGCUAACCUUGUUUGCUUGAAAAAGUGCCUAAAAUUGUGUGCUACUGCCACUUUUUGUGUGUUUGUUUGUGUUUCUUAUGUUACAUAUUUGAAUAAUUAAUAAUCGUUUAAAACUAAUUUAUAAGAAACACAUCUUUGUUGUUGUUUGUGGAAUCUGGAGCCGGUUGCCUUAAUUGUAAUUUAUUUAAUCACAUUUCUGAUUCAAAGUAAUAGUCAAGUUGUGGAUUUUAUUUCAAAAAUUUUACACAUGCUUAUUUGCACUUUUUUUUAAGUUUUUCAAUAAAUAGGUGGAAUCCCAAAA